AUGGAGAAGGAGAGCCUUGACGUCAUGAGGCAGCAGCUGGCGGCGGUGCACCAGCUCCGCAUCGACCUCCAGAGGAAAGACUCCGUCAUUCAGUCUCUGCAGCUGAAAGUGCAGGAGGGAGAGUCCGCACGAGACCGUGAAGGGCGAUUAGAAGCACACUGCCACCUCUUGGAGAAGAGGUGCUCGUGCUUGGAGUCUACCAACGGCGAGUACGCGGAGCGGCUUGGAGCUCUAGACCAGGAGAGCAGGUCCAGAGUCGACAGCUUGAGGCGGGAGAAGGACGACCUGAAGCGGCAGCUGCGAGACUCCGAGUCGGAGUUGGAGGCGGAGAGGAGGCGUUUCGAGGGGGCGGCGGCGGCACACCGGAGGGAGCUAGCGGCCGCUCUGGCGGAAGGAGCCGACGCACGCGGCCUGGCCGGUGGCCUGAAGGAGUCCCUCGAGGAGGCUUCCGCUCAGGCAAAUCGUCGGCAAGGACGUUGGGCCGAGAUGGAAAAGCUGGGCUCGACGGAGGCGUUUGUGGAGCUGUCGGGAAGAUGGUGUGGGAACGAGCUCCUCGCGUUAACGUGGGUGGAAGUGUCGAAGACUUUGGAAGCGCUGGAAGCGGCCCAGGCGGGACACAGGACAGCGUUAGGCCGCCUCCGAGAUGCUAAACUACAGGUGGGCACGCAGCAGGAGGAGACAAGCGGCGCAAACCAAGUCGCGGACGACCUCCGCCAGGAGUUGUCCCGAAUGAGAGACGUGGAGGUCCGGCUUCAGUCAACUGCGGCGCAAUUAAAAGCUGCCAGAGAAAAAGAACGAAGGCAAAGGGUUCACGUGGACGCGGUGUGGUCGCAGCUGUCCAGCAUCGGUGCCGUCUCCCCAGGUGGCCUCGAGGACAGCAAUAUCGACGACAAGGACAACAGCGAGCUGUUCCCGGGCCGAAUAGGUUGCCCCGCGGGAGAGAGCGGCAGUGGAGUGGCAGUUGUAGAAGGGGGUUCGAUUGCCGGCGGUGGCCUGGAUGACGACGCCAGGCUGUCGGAGAUCCCGCGAGGGAUUCGGAGAUUGGUAUCGGAGUGGUCCGACCGCGGCAAAGGGUUGGAAACCUUGACUAGGCGUUUGCGGGAAGAGGGGGCGCGGCGAGACGAGGAGAGGGCGGAGCUGGAGACCGCCGCUGCCGCCGCCAGGGAGGAGGCAGAGGCCCGGGGGGAGGAGGUGGCGAGGCUGGCGGUGGAUUUCGAGACUAGGGCGGCGUGCGCAGAAGCGGGGAUGGACGAGAAGGUGGCCAAGGUCCAAGCCGACGCCGUCGCAGACGCAAACCUAAGGGUUUCCACUGUUUCGGAGGAGGCGUCUCGGAGGGUGGCAGCGGCCACCGCCGACGCCGCUCGCCAGGUAGCAGAAGCGGUCGAGACCGCCGAACGGAAGGUUAAGGAGGCUGCCGCCUACACCGAGGAGAGCGUGGCGCUGGCGAGGGGGGGCGCGGCUGAGAAGGAGGAGGAGGCGGACCGCAGGGUUUCCGAGGCGGAAGAGGCUUUGGCGGCGGCAAGAGCCAGCGAAACGGCAGCCGUCGCACUCUCCCGUUCGGCUGUUGAGAGGCAGCUCUCCGCCGAGGCGGCCCUGAAAAUUCUGGGAAGGUUCGUUGGGCCGCUGCACCGGCUGUGCCUGGAGCUGAGGGAGCAGAAGAGAUUUCUCUCAAGGAGCUACCGGAGAGAUGCCCCGCUUCAGGCGGAGCUGUUCUCCGUUGCGGCCGCCGUGACCGGAAAGGACUACUGGUGCCUCCUCUCCGCCGCAACCGACAUCGACAUCGCAAGCCCCAACAACGCCACCACGCGGCGACGGGAAAGAAACCCCAGCGGCAACGGCCGCCGCCUGCCGUACGACGGCGCUUGCGUAGGAGAAGACUGUCAGGACGACGGUGACGACGUCGUUGCCGUUCGCGUCCCGCCGUCCCUUCGUGCGGUAGUGAUCGCGGUGGUCGCGGCCAACCGACUCGCGGCCUUCGCACGGGCAUCGUCGGCCGCUCGCCGCACCUACCACGAUGACAGCGUAGGGGGGCCUGCGACUGGCGCUACCGCCGGGGGCGCGGGUUCGGGGAGAGGUCGGCAGCACCGUUAUCAGCAGCAGCGGCCGAGGCAGUGUCGAACAGGCGGCGAGACGGACGCCCGGUAUUUGGCGCGCGCGGGCGGCAUCCGAUCGCUCCCGGUGCUACCGCCCUGGUGCUGCGGCAAUAGGGGGCGGGUGCUGCGAUUGCCGGCGGCUAGCGAUCUCGAGGAGAUGGCCGAUGGGCAGGCUCUGGAGACCGUGCUUGCGCGUCUGCUUGUGUUCGGAACCGGUGCCGAGGGGGACGAUGGCGGAGAAGAAGAAGAAGUGGGGGGGGGGAGGAGGGGCAGAAACGUCAGGGCUGAGCCGAUGGAUGGGAACGUCAGCGGCGGCGGCGGUGGAGUUCUGAACAUUGAGGCGUUGUGGGGCGGGGGAGGGGCGCGGGUCGGAGACUUGCUCUACCACCUGAUUCGUGGCAGGAAGGAUCACAUGACAGGAGUCAAGUUGGAGGAGUCAGCGGACGUGCUGCGGCGGCGCGUGGAGUCGCUGGAGGCGGAGGCGUCUGCGAAGCCAGCCGUCGACCUCGAGGCCUUUGCCGCGCUGGGGGAAGAGAUGAAGGCAGCAACGGCGGUUGGGGCUCGUCUACGCGAGCAGGUGGGACGCCUGGAGGAGGCGUUGUCCGCGGCAAGAAGAGAGGUUGCCGAGGCCUCCGCGGCAAGCGAACGGGCUACAGCGGGAAGGGACGAGGCGGAGGCACGGAUCGUGCGGUUGGAUGCCGCCAAGCUGGAGACUGCGAGAGAGGUAGAACAACUCAAAGCCUUCGCAAUUCGCGCCAACCUCGAACGAGACGAGUGCCUGGAAAGAGAGAGGGCGGUAGCGAGACAGCGAGUGGACCAAACCCUUAAUGAAACCGCCGUCAUCGGGGGCGGGACCACCGACCAGGACCUCCUACACACGCCUCCCCCAGCAGUAGCAACUCCGACGACGCGCGGGAGGCGCCUAGACGCCCGGGGUCCCCCGCUGGGAUCGGGCGGCGGACGGGAAGGAGCGCCGGCAAGCGCAAGGGACGGCAGUGUGUCACCCCCGCUAUCCGCACGCCGCCAGAGGAGGUCUUUGGACGAGGAUCAUGUUGAGCAGUGGGAUCACCGAGCACACGCAGAUGAGCAGCAGCGGCAGCACCAACAGGAACAGCUGCAAAUGCGGCAGAGAUUGGUGCAGAGCCAGGAGGAGCUGAGGUGCUGCCGGAAAGAGGAAGAGCGCUCGCGGGCAAGGUGUUCCCAACUGGAAACGCGGUUGGCUGAAGCUCGAGAUUGCCUGGAGGAGCAAAAAAGCGUGACGGCAUCAAUGAGACGCGCUGCUGCGAGAGCUCAUGACGAUGCCGAAGCCGCGCGUAAGCAGGUGGAGGACACCAAGGCUCUCGUGUCUCGACAAGAGUUCCAGUGCCGGCGACAGGUGUCCCUCCUAGAGGCACGCCUUCUGGAAACCGGGGCCCGAAACUCCCGCCGGAGAGACUUGCUGCAGCUCCAGGCAUGUGCCCAGGAGGAUCUGGUGAAGGCGCUGAGGGACCCCGUACUGCCCUCCACUUGCGGCGACACAGUCGUCAGCGACGUGUCGGAUCACAGCCUCCGCGCGGAGGAGGUUGAGAGACCCGCCGCCGCGGCUGCGUCCGCCUCCGACGAAUGGCAGAUCAGCCGGUAG